AUGUCAGACCCUUCAGCGCCCUCGGUUAUCUUGACCGGCAUUACAGAUUGGCUAGAGUGGCAAGAUUAUAUUGGUAAGAAGCUAGAAUUAGCUACCUGGGCCGCUAUCAAGACCAACGAUAAAGCCUUCAUUAUCGUUGAACCCAACCGACCGCAAAUAUCAGCCUUCAAUUCAACAGAUUCAUCAGCGGCAGAAUUACCCGAGCACCAAGUCAACAGCUACAGCCUAGCAUGGACGAUUUAUUUAGAGGGCCUAGACCUCUAUGUAAAGCAGCAAAAACAGCUCAUGAGGGCUCGCGAUAUCAUCUACAGCAGCGUUGACAGUCGGCUAGCCCGAUAUCUUCACUGGGAUCAUGAUAUCUUUCAGUGGAUGAAGACCCUGACCGAUGCUGUUCUAGCCGAGCGUCAGAAGAGCUAG